AUGAUCGUUCGCCUGCUCCUCCUCCUCGUCGUCUCGUGCGAGGCCUACGCAAGCUACGUCGACAAGGCCAAGCGCCGCGGCACGCCGCCAAAGGACCUCGGCGUGCUGAAGCGCACCAUCAACGAGCAAUCCAUAGAUGCGGACCCCGUCACGUUUUCAGGGCUGCGCGGGUGCGACGGGAAGCCGAACUGUUUCAGCACCACCGGAGACAGCCUCUUGGAGGACCGCAUCCUGACGGGCGUGGACACACUCAUCUCGCCCUGGAGGCCUCCGGCGGAUGACCCGGCCCCGUUUAAGACCCUGGCCAGUGCGGUCAAGGAGUACAAGCCCGGGCAGAGCUUCAUCGACGGCGGCGGAUUCGCGGUCGUGAAGGAGACGGACAGCUAUUUGUACGUCCAGUUCGAGGCGCUCAAGAAGGGCUACAUCGACGACGUCGAGUUCGCCAUGGCGGGCGGGAGGGAGCAGGGCAUCCAGGUGCGCUCGAGCUCCCGCGUGGGCCAGACGGACUUCGGCGUCAACGCGAUCCGACUCAACGCCAUAGCGGCUUCCUUGCGAGCAAAGGGGUGGGCGAUCGACGAGAUCACGCCAAAGACUCACCAGGACUACUUCUACGCUGCCGACGACGCUCGCGACCAGACCUUCGACAAGGACCGGAGGAAAGGGACCGAGAUGGAGAAUGGGCGAAUGGACCGGCCCGCCAUCGGCUGA